CAUUUGUGAAUCGCAUGACAAGGGGCCCCAACUGUACUAGAGACCCCCCACCUUUGCUCCGAUCACCAUUGUUCCCACUUGCAUCCAUCUGCAUUUGAGACGGUGACAGUCGGAGAUGCCCAUCUUUAGGCGAAAGAGCAGUCGGUCCGGCAAGGACGGGGAUGAGGAGCCAGGCGGCGUGCCUGAGCUCGACGUGCUCAAGCUGCCUGGUAAUCGGUCACUCGUCAGCCUAGCAGGGCCGCAUCGUUAUGGGACCGGUUUCGAGACAACCGCCGAGGCUGGUUCCGGCAAAGACAUCGCGAACGCUGGAGAAAUGUCCGGAGCCAACACCCUUCCUCGGGCACAGCCGAGUAAGGGCGGCCGAACGCCCAUCACGCCGCCAAUGACACCUCCGACAGUGAAUCGGGAGCGGGAGGGGGGCCAGAAAACGCAGUCUCCGCUCGUUCCGGCGUACCAUCGACCGUGGACAAAAGAGCUGGCAGCGUCGAAGAUGGGCGAAGGCGGGGCUCAGCCGUCGCUCCAGCAGAAGGUGGCACCGCAGGACGACCAGCCGCGAUUGGCGAGUCCCUCGAAGCGCAAUGCUGGACCACCGCCGUCUGCAUAUGCGAUGCACAAGUCAACUCUCUCAACGGCCAGCUCCAGCAGCGGGCUCUACUCCGUCAUGGGACUGCCUCUCGACUUUCGCGUGUCGCCUAAUCUCCAGCCGCAGCAGUCACCCUCGCAGAGAAAAUCCAUGGUGGAUGCGGCCAGGAAGAUGAGCCUCAAGAGAAGCAAGGCUCCCAGCGAGCUCAACAUCAUGGUCGUCGGUGGUAGGGCUACGGGAAAGACAAGUUGGAUCAGGACACUUCUGUCCACCUGUGACCUUUCUGUGUGUUCCGAGGAAGCGAAGCUUGCCGCCGCUUCCUUUGGUCUGUCGACGAAUGCGAAUCAUAGCACGAGGAAAACAACGCCACCGACACCGGUUCGCACACGGUCGUUCAAUUUUCUCAACGGCAUCGAAUUGCCGAGCUGGGCCAUUCUGCCUCUUCAAACGUUUGAGUCUGGCGGACAACCAGCGCCGAGUCGGACGGGCCUCCGUCGGUCGCCGUCCAUCUUGUCUUCCGCGAGCUCAGGCCAGGGCACAAAACUCCAUGUCUCCGUCUGCGACACUCCUGGCUACGAUUUCAGCCUUGAAGACGAGUUCGAGACAGAACGAAAGACGCUUGCGCUACUCCGGUACAUCGAGGGCAAGCUCAACAGCACCCUCGUCGAAGAGUCCAAGGUGCAGAGGCAGGCGCGUGGCGACGACCAUGUCCAUCUCGUUCUCUACUUUAUUGAUCCCCUCCACCUCGUUGAAAGGACGUUUGCGAGACGAGCCGAUCGGGAAAGGAUGCGCCUCGAGCGACUGCAAGGAAGGGAGCGCAGCAAGGGCGCGUCUGCAGCCGACGCCUCGACGACAAAGGGCUUUGCUGACAAGUCUCGUCCACGAAGCGCGUCCGCAGCCAAAGCGUCGGAUUUGGCUGCAAUCAGCGAGAGGAAGGUGGCUGCAUCCACCGAUGCGAUCCGCCCUGCAGCUCAACGGUCCCAGUCCAUGUCGCGGAGCCACGCGCACACCUCCUCGGGCGUCAGCGACUUUAGUCAGAAGGAGAUGGAGAUUUUAGUGGGGACAGAGGAUGAGGACACUCACACCGAUGACGAAGAUGAGGACGAGGACGAAGAGAGAAUUUCUGGACUUUCGUCCGUGGAGCUCUCCAUUAUUGCGCGGCUCAGCGAGAGGACCAACGUUGUGCCCAUCCUGGCCAAAUCAGACCUCUUGACAGCCGCUCGGACGGAAGAGGUGAGGAGCGCAGUCCAGGCGAGCCUCGUAAAGGCAAAGAUCGAUUUGGGCGCUUUCGAUAUCCGCAGUGACGCCUCCCAAGCGAGGAAAGAGGCAGUAAGGAAUGUCGCGUCGCGCAGCAGGAGAAAGCAGAGAGGCAAGACUGAAGUGGCAAAGAGUCCCAUGGCCGAAGACGAGGUGGAAGAUCCCGAUACGAGAGAAGAGGUCAAGGUGAUCAAACUUCGCCCAAGACGGUCUUAUUCUGGCACAACGGGGUCACCACAGCUCAAUGUUGAUAGCGUCAGUGAGAGCAACACCGGUCUGGGCAUUGGUGCGAGCCAGGACACGACGGACGCACCAAAGAAGGGGACCGCAGACAUUGGUCAGGAAGACCCUCCUUUCAAUGCCUCAAAUGAGUCUCCCGAAAAGAACGUACCAUUCACCCUCUUCUCUCCUGAGCCAGUCCGACCGCCCAGGAAGGACAAGGCUGCGGGACUGACAAUGAAAGGGACCCUGACGAGCGCCGAUGCCGCCGACUAUCUCGAGGCGCAAAGGCGCGUCGCCAAUGGGAUGGUCGCAUCUUCCUCGGAAGACGUCCCGCCGGUCCCGCCUUUGCCCAAGGAGCAUGCCAACCAGGCUUCCCCCAUUCUCACCUUGGAUGAAGAGCCCUCAGAGUUGGUUCCAAAGGACAGAAAAUCUGCCGACGCUCCUGCCAUGCCGCCCCUCGUCUCGUCGCCAAAUUCGCACGACAAUUCGUACUCUCAUGGGACAAAGCUCGAAUUGACAGAGUCAGAGCCGAACGAGGCCUUGACGCGCUUCGAGCGAGCGUACAAAUGGGGAAGCGCAAAUGUGCUCGAUCCCACUCAAUCGGACUUCGCCAUGCUGAGGACUUGCCUAUUGGGCACCCACAUUGAGGCUAUCAAGGAAUUCACGGCGCAACGCUACGAACAAUUCAGGGCGGAGAGGCUCGAGGCGAGGCGUUUCACAAGAGAGAUGAGCGAGACGCAGCAUCGGCAGCUGCUCAUGAGCCUCAAUUCUCUCUAGGCCGGCCUAUCUCCAUUCAGGUCCAUUCACUGUCAUCCUUUAUCACAUAUUUCCCCCCCUUCUUACGUCUACUCCUCUCUUCCUUCGUCUUCACAAAACACGGUGACAUUUGAUAAAUUUAAUUGACGUACUUGGACC